UUCUACCUUUAUUAAGUUUACCUUUGAGAAAUAUGAAGAGGGGCAGGAGGACGGAAAAACGAACAGAACUUCUGCUGGAAUAUUGUGACAGAUUUACUGACAAAUAUUUUCUAACAGAUUUUUACCAACAGGCAGUUUUUGUUUUCUUUACUGACAGACCGUAAAUGUACUUCUGGUUGGCAGCAGCUGCAUCAUUAUAACACUAAAAAGCAACCUUGGCUAACUUCAUUACCUUAUGUAACGUAAAAAAUAAAGAAUAACUGGAAUUUAAAAUACUUUUUAUAUGUUUACUAACAAUAAACUAUUUUCAAUGCAGGAAAUAAAUCUUUCCCCAAAGAGGAAUCCCCCCUCAAUUACUUUCUUUUAGACUUAACAAAUUGGAGUAGAUGUGGUUUUGCUCAUUCUUUUAUCUGCUGGGAACUAUUUUAAGUCUCCUGUGUAAGGCAGAUUCCGAUGACCUCGGGAAAGUCACAGGACCUCAGUUUCUUCAAUGGUAAAAGCAAAGGCAGUGGUUUCUACCGUCCUUUCUCACUGCACCAUUCAGCGCCAGUGCCCUCAUGAGAAACACACCCAAAGCCUAGUGUGCUCUAUCUCUAGACUUGUGAAAUUUCUAGAGUCUCAAAGUGAGUAUGUUUAAGGCGGUAUAAUAAAAGCCAGGUGGCCGACAGUUCCUAAAGUUAGGCUGGCAGUGGCGUGAACAGGGUCUUUUGGGCCACCCUGAGACCCGCCCCAAGUCUUGGCUUCUCGCCCCAAGUCUUGGCUUCUCGCUCCUCGUCUUGGCUUCUCGCUCCACUUCCACAGAACGUACUGAAUCAGGGGCCUGCAUCGCGCCGUGCCGACGGAGAAAUGGACUCCUUUUUUCGCUCCCGUGGAGUUUCGUCUUCUGGUACGGUGGUUUGCUCUUGACUUACGACCAGAAACCGGAACAGAAGGAAAGGGAGAAAGCAGAGGAGGUUCGGGGACGACGGCGCUCCGGGCAGCAAGGCAGCAGCUUCCAAAGCGUGGAGGAUGGGACUGAGGAGGAACGGAAUACGGAGAAAGAGGGAAGCUGAGGAAAAAUACUCACGCCAAUGGGUAAAAGGGAAAAGGAAGAUGAUCCCUAUGAUCUUGAAGAUGUUUCUGCACAGAAAUGAGGGAAAUACAAAGAACCAAAUACAGUUCUGAAAUUUGGGAUCUGUAUUUUGAGAUGAUUUUAUUUUCAGAAUGAGAAGCAUAUCUGGUUACCUUUAUGAAUGUAGAGACAUGAGAAGAGAGUUAUGAUGGCAAAAAACAAAGAGCCUCGUCCCCCAUCCUAUACCAUCAGUGUAGUUGGACUCUCUGGGACUGAAAAAGACAAAGGUAACUGUGGAGUUGGAAAGUCUUGUUUGUGCAAUAGAUUUGUACGCUCAAAAGCAGAUGAGUAUUAUCCAGAGCAUACUUCUGUGCUUAGCACCAUUGACUUUGGAGGACGAGUAGUAAACAAUGAUCACUUUUUGUACUGGGGUGACAUAAUACAAAAUGGUGAAGAUGGAGUAGAAUGCAAAAUUCAUGUCAUUGAACAAACAGAGUUCAUUGAUGACCAGACUUUCUUGCCUCAUCGUAGUACGAAUUUGCAACCAUAUAUAAAACGUGCAGCUGCAUCUAAAUUGCAGUCAGCAGAAAAGCUAAUGUACAUUUGCACUGAUCAACUAGGCUUAGAACAAGACUUUGAACAGAAGCAAAUGCCUGAAGGGAAGCUCAAUGUAGAUGGAUUUUUAUUAUGCAUUGAUGUAAGUCAGGGAUGCAAUAGGAAGUUUGAUGAUCAACUUAAAUUUGUGAAUAACCUUUUUGUCCAGUUAUCAAAAUCAAAAAAACCUGUAAUAAUAGCAGCAACUAAAUGUGAUGAAUGCGUGGAUCAUUAUCUUAGAGAAGUUCAGGCAUUUGCUUCAAACAAAAAGAACCUUCUUGUAGUGGAAACAUCAGCACGAUUUAAUGUCAACAUUGAAACAUGUUUCACUGCACUGGUACAAAUGUUGGAUAAAACUCGUAGCAAGCCUAAAAUUAUUCCCUAUUUGGAUGCUUAUAAAACACAGAGACAACUUGUUGUCACAGCAACAGAUAAGUUUGAAAAACUUGUGCAGACUGUGAGAGAUUAUCAUGCAACUUGGAAAACUGUUAGUAAUAAAUUAAAAAAUCAUCCUGAUUAUGAAGAAUACAUCAACUUAGAGGGAACAAGAAAGGCCAGAAAUGCAUUCUCAAAACAUAUAGAACAACUUAAACAGGAACACAUAAGAAAAAGGAGAGAAGAGUAUAUAAACACUUUACCAAGAGCUUUUAACACUCUUUUGCCAAAUCUAGAAGAGAUUGAACAUUUGAAUUGGUCAGAAGCUUUGAAGUUAAUGGAAAAGAGAGCAGAUUUCCAGUUAUGUUUUGUGGUGCUAGAAAAAACACCUUGGGAUGAAACUGACCAUAUAGACAAAAUUAAUGAUAGGCGGAUUCCAUUUGACCUCCUGAGCACUUUAGAAGCUGAAAAAGUCUAUCAGAACCAUGUACAACAUCUAAUAUCCGAGAAGAGGAGGGUAGAAAUGAAGGAAAAAUUCAAAAAGACUUUGGAAAAAAUUCAAUUCAUUUCACCUGGGCAGCCGUGGGAGGAAGUUAUGUGCUUUGUUAUGGAGGAUGAAGCCUUCAAAUAUAUCACUGAGGCUGAUAGCAAAGAGGUAUAUGGUAGGCAUCAGCGAGAAAUAGUUGAAAAAGCCAAAGAAGAGUUUCAAGAAAUGCUUUUUGAGCAUUCUGAACUUUUUUAUGAUUUAGAUCUUAAUGCAACACCCAGUUCAGAUAAAAUGAGUGAAAUUCAUACAGUUCUGAGUGAAGAACCUAGAUAUAAAGCUUUACAGAAACUUGCACCUGAUAGGGAAUCUCUUCUACUUAAGCAUAUAGGAUUUGUUUAUCAUCCCACUAAAGAAACAUGUCUUAGUGGCCAAAAUUGUACAGACAUUAAAGUGGAGCAGUUACUUGCUAGUAGUCUUUUACAGUUGGAUCACGGCCGCUUAAGAUUAUAUCACGAUGGUACCAAUAUAGAUAAAGUUAACCUUUUUAUUUUAGGGAAGGAUGGCCUUGCCCAAGAACUAGCAAAUGAGAUAAGGACACAAUCCACUGAUGAUGAGUAUGCCUUAGAUGGAAAAAUUUAUGAACUUGAUCUUCGGCCAGUUGAUGCCAAAUCGCCUUACUUUUUGAGUCAGUUAUGGACUGCCGCCUUUAAACCACAUGGGUGCUUCUGUGUAUUUAAUUCUAUUGAGUCAUUGAGUUUUAUUGGGGAAUUUAUUGGGAAAAUAAGAACUGAAGCUUCUCAGAUCAGAAAAGAUAAAUACAUGGCUAAUCUUCCAUUUACAUUAAUUCUGGCUAAUCAGAGAGAUUCCAUUAGUAAGAAUCUACCAAUUCUCAGGCACCAAGGGCAGCAGUUGGCAAACAAGUUACAAUGUCCUUUUGUAGAUGUACCCGCUGGUACGUAUCCUCGUAAAUUUAAUGAAACCCAAAUAAAGCAAGCUCUAAGAGGAGUAUUGGAAUCAGUUAAACACAAUUUGGAUAUGGUGAGCCCAGUUCCUGCCAAUAAGGACAUAUCAGAAGCUGACUUGAGAAUUGUCAUGUGCGCCAUGUGUGGAGAUCCAUUUAGUGUGGAUCUUAUUCUUUCACCCUUCCUUGAUUCUCAUUCUUGCAGUGCUGCUCAGGCUGGACAGAAUAAUUCCCUAAUGCUUGAUAAAAUCAUUGGUGAAAAAAGGAGGCGAAUACAGAUCACAAUAUUAUCAUACCACUCUUCAAUUGGAGUAAGAAAAGAUGAACUAGUUCAUGGGUAUAUAUUAGUUUACUCUGCAAAACGGAAAGCAUCAAUGGGAAUGCUUCGAGCAUUUCUAUCAGAAGUUCAAGAUACCAUUCCUGUACAGCUGGUGGCAGUUACUGACAGCCAAGCAGAUUUUUUUGAAAAUGAGGCUAUCAAAGAGUUAAUGACUGAAGGAGAACACAUUGCAACUGAGAUCACUGCUAAAUUUACAGCAUUGUAUUCUUUAUCUCAGUAUCAUCGGCAAACUGAGGUCUUUACUCUGUUUUUUAGUGAUGUUCUAGAGAAAAAAAAUAUGAUAGAAAAUUCUUAUUUGUCUGAUAAUACAAGGGAAUCAACCCAUCAAAGUGAAGAUGUUUUUCUACCAUCUCCCAGAGACUGUUUUCCCUAUAAUAACUACCCUGAUUCAGAUGAUGACACAGAAGCACCACCUCCUUAUAGUCCAAUUGGGGAUGAUGUACAGUUGCUUCCAACACCUAGUGACCGUUCCAGGUAUAGAUUAGAUUUGGAAGGAAAUGAAUAUCCCAUUCAUAGUACCCCAAACUGUCAUGACCAUGAACGCAACCAUAAAGUGCCUCCACCUAUUAAACCUAAACCAGUUGUACCUAAGACAAAUGUGAAAAAACUGGAUCCAAACCUUUUAAAAACAAUUGAAGCUGGUAUUGGUAAAAAUCCAAGAAAGCAGACAUCCCGGGUGCCUUUGGCACAUCCUGAAGAUAUGGAUCCUUCAGAUAACUAUGCGGAACCCAUUGAUACAAUUUUCAAACAGAAGGGCUAUUCUGAUGAGAUUUAUGUUGUCCCAGAUGAUAGUCAAAAUCGCAUUAAAAUUCGAAACUCAUUUGUAAAUAAUACCCAAGGAGAUGAAGAAAACGGAUUUUCUGAUAGAACCUCAAAAAGUCAUGGGGAACGGAGGCCUUCAAAAUACAAAUACAAAUCUAAAACCUUGUUUAGUAAAGCCAAGUCAUACUAUAGAAGAACACAUUCAGAUGCCAGUGAUGAUGAGGCUUUCACCACUUCUAAAACAAAAAGAAAAGGAAGACAUCGUGGAAGUGAAGAAGAUCCACUUCUUUCUCCUGUUGAAACUUGGAAAGGUGGUAUUGAUAAUCCUGCAAUCACUUCUGACCAGGAGUUAGACGAUAAGAAGAUGAAGAAGAAAACCCACAAAGUGAAAGAAGAUAAAAAGCAGAAAAAGAAAACUAAGAACUUCAAUCCACCAACACGUAGAAAUUGGGAAAGUAAUUACUUUGGGAUGCCCCUCCAGGAUCUGGUUACAGCUGAGAAGCCCAUACCACUAUUUGUUGAGAAAUGUGUGGAAUUUAUUGAAGAUACAGGGUUAUGUACCGAAGGACUCUACCGUGUUAGCGGGAACAAAACUGACCAAGACAAUAUUCAAAAGCAGUUUGAUCAAGAUCAUAGUAUCAAUCUAGUGUCAAUGGAAGUCACAGUAAAUGCUGUAGCUGGAGCCCUUAAAGCUUUCUUCGCAGAUCUGCCAGAUCCUUUAAUUCCAUAUUCUCUUCAUCCGGAGCUAUUGGAAGCAGCAAAAAUCCCGGAUAAAACAGAACGUCUUCAUGCCUUGAAAGAAAUUGUUAAGAAAUUUCAUCCUGUAAACUAUGAUGUAUUCAGAUACGUGAUAACACAUCUAAACAGGGUUAGUCAGCAAAAUAAAAUCAACCUAAUGACAGCAGACAACUUAUCCAUCUGUUUUUGGCCAACCUUGAUGAGACCUGAUUUUGAAAAUCGAGAGUUUCUGUCUACUACUAAGAUUCAUCAAUCUGUUGUUGAAACAUUCAUUCAACAGUGUCAGUUUUUCUUUUACAAUGGAGAAAUUGUAGAAACGACAAACACUGUGGCUCCUCCACCACCUUCAAACCCAGGACAGUUGGUGGAACCAAUGGUACCACUUCAGUUGCCACCACCAUUGCAACCUCAGCUGAUACAACCACAAUUACAAACGGAUCCUCUUGGUAUUAUAUGAGUAGGAGGUGAUUGCAGACAGGCUGGAUUUGGACAAAAAGCAAAUCUAGACAUGCAUGUUUCAGGGUUCAGUAGUAUACUUCAUGUUUCAUACAGAUAAGUCACAUUCAAAAUUACAUUUUCUCUUUGAACUAGAUGGUAUUCCUUAUUCACUUACAUUACAAAUCUAAGACCAUGUGAUAAGCAUGACUGGAGAGGUUUAAUUUUUAUAAACAAAAAUAGCUAUAAAAUACAAAGCUGCUGCUGCAUGCAACCUUAUCGCAAUCAGUAUAUAUCAUUCCUGUGGCAAUUUCUGUCACAUUAUAUUGUGAAUAAAAUUUUUCUAUAGAAAUUAAAUGAUUUAAAAACUCACCUAUAUGAAACAUUUAAUGCUUUUCAGCCUGCUUUCUGGCUGAUUUUGUUAUUUGAUAUGCUAAUUUGGGCAACGUAAUUUACAUUCUGGCAGUCAGUGUAGAUAACUAAAAGCCCAGUUAAGUAUUUUAUAAUUUCAGGCUACUGAGGCCAUGCUUGGGAUGUUGUUUGAAAGAAAAAAAAUACACUUGACAUAUUUCACAUUUCUGUACCUUCAUCUUUACUUCCAAGUAAACGUGGAUGAUUUGAUGAGGGAUAAAUGAACCUAUUUCUUUUACACACAUACCAAGGACAUGCUUGUGGCUAAAGUGAGUUGAUAAUGUUGUGCAAAGGAUAGUUGUCACCAACUCAUUUCUUUAUGGUCCAUAAUGAAAUAAACAUUUUGUAUACUGUUAAUUCUGUAAACAGAUGCAUGUUCAAAAGAUCUAUGAUGGUCUUGUAAUCUUAAUCUAAUAUAUUUUAGAUAUUUUAAUUUUUUCCCUCUUGGGGAACACAUUUAGUAUAGUGUAGAAAAUACUUCAUUACAUUUUCAUAUAAGGUUAUAUAACUUUUCAUACAUAAACAUGAAAUUUGUUGUAGAAAAUUCUUUAAACCAAACAUUUAAAUCUAGGACUUCAAUUUAAUUUGUUCCUUGAAUCUAUUUUUAUGUGGCCCUUAAAAACAUAUCCAAAAAACCCAUUGCUAAUAUAGCAAUAAAAAUACUUUGGGUACUGACAGACUCUUUGGAGUGUUUAUAUUACAAAUUUGUAUUCAUGUUCUUUUCUGUGAUGCGUUGUACUAAAAUCCAAAAUGGCUUCUGCACCAUUUUUAAGCCAGUUUUUUCCUUUGAUGUUGGUACCAGAAUCACUAUAAAUGACUGCUGCUUUUGGGGGUAAACAUUUCGUUAGUGAAGAUAAAACCAGAACACUAACUUAUGGAUAAAAUUUUCAGAAUAGGUGGCACAGGUAAAUUUCACGAGGUUAUAUUUUGUGUAGUAAAGAAAAAAAUUCUUUGGUCAAUGUUACCUUAAUUCAGACUACAAUUUUAAGAUUAUCUUAUAUGUAUUAUAGUAAAUAGAUUUUCAGGUUCAAGGCUCCUAAGAGUUUGAUUUGCUCUUGUUUUUUCCUAAAAUAAAUAUUGUCUUUCCCAACUGUUAAGUUCUAGGUAUUGUACUUCCAAUUUUAACUUCAGAACCAAGAUGUUGGCAUGAACCAGGCUGCUGUUGAAGUACAUGUAUAUUAUAAAUUAUCUUAUUUGUGUUAUACUCUUACAUGUUAUCUUUUCUAAGAAAACAAAGUCCCUAUUAUUCCUAUUGCAAAGCACACAGGAAUUAAGAAAGUACAGUAAUUUUUAAAAAAAAAUCCGGUAAAUGUAGUAUUCUUAACCUGUUCUAUAUUACUUAUACUUAUUGUCUAUAUAGCUUUAAUUUAUAGUUGUCAGUUUAACUAUUGGCAUGUCUGGCAAAGAAAAUUAAACUUUAAGAGUUUUAUAAACUUUCUAGGUUGCUAAAGAAUUUAUUUUUCUACUAUAUAUGGUAUAGACAAAGCAUCAAACUAUGUACAGGAAAAAAGCCUGACUAUUUCUAUUGGAAGUGGGCUGAAAAGAGAGUUUUCAAAACUUCGUGUCUUCAGUUCAUUCUGUCAUAACUUUGCUAUUGUAAUAUGUGAAUACCAGUUUAUUUAAGCUAUUCUCUUUUAUACUGUAUUAAUUUAAUGUUCAUCUGCAUUUAGUACCAUUUUUGUUACUAAAACUGGCAUUUACCAUUUUUCACAUUAACCCACCUUGCACCUUCUUCCAAACUUAUCUCCACUUUUCUAUGCAUUCUGUCAUUGAUUUGACACACUUCAUAGUGAGUCAUUUAAAUAUUCUACGUUUGGUUCAAUUAACCAGUAGGUUACAGUUAUUGAAAAUUAAAGUACAGUUUAAAGCUCAGUCUGUUACACUGAAUUGAUUGUGUUUGUUUUUGCCAAGGAUUUAAAUAUGUUUUUAAAUAUUAGAAACAUCUAAGAACAGAAUAACAUAAUUAAGCUUUUUUCUGGUAAGUUACUGGAAGGUUUCACUGUUUAGGGACCUAUCAUCUGAGACUUCUUAAAGGAUUAAAAGAAUAGGAGGAUAGUCUCAUAAUUGUGAGUAAACAUCAAGGCAUUAUAUUUUACAAUAAUAAAAUUUCAUCUACACACAUGUUGCCAUUGUUUCAUUUAAGGUUCAGUACUUAUAGUUACUACAAUAUUGAACCUAACAGGAUCUAGAUUAGCAAUAUAAAGAAGCAUAGUGGUACUCUGUUUCACACUUUCAGUAGAUUUAUUAGAAGUCAAAUUCUAUUCAACAGACACUUCUUAGGAUAUACGACUAAUUUAAGAAUAAAAUUCCAGACACAAUGUAUUUUUUUUAAAUGGUAUUUGUUAGUAGUGCUUCUUCCCCUUAACAUUUACAGUGUAAAUACUGCAGGUAACAGCAAUCUAAGUUAGUCAAAAAGCAGCUUUUUUUCCCAUACUGUAUGUAAAUAAUGUAGACCUGGGUAUUUUUGUUUGCUUGGGUUUUUUUUUUUUUUUUAGGUACUGGAAUCUAAUUAAUAAUAUCUCUUAGAUAUAAACAAAAGGGAACAAUUGGAAUAAGAAUUUAGGCCUUAGCUUCCAUGGUGAUUUUUAGUUUUUUAUACAGUAAUAAUUGUGAUGCUAUUUGUCAACUGGAUAUAAAUAUAUAUAUAAUUUUAAAAAGUCAAAAGUGCUUUUGUUUCUUUGUUUAAUGUAAUUUUUGUGCUUCAACCACAGGAUGCUGCAGUAAAUUAAAUUUCAGUGAAGCUUCUGAUGUAUAAAGAAUGCUAUGAAUAAAACAUUAAGAAGCUGUGUAAUUUUAA